GUGGGAUGAGCCACAUUCAGCUCAAGCAGUUGACGCAAGUCACAUUAUAUCUCACGCUAUACCAGCUAUACCUACAUACCUACUUCACUAACCGAUACGAAGAUCCGUUGUGUGUUUCAGAGGUUGGAGAUCCAGCACAUGGAGACAGCAGUCCUCGUAGCAGUGCCCAGCCGUGGGCAGCCGAGUGCUGAGCCUGCAGCUCUAGAUGUGAGCACAGGAAUGGAAGCUGAUACAAGAUGUUCUCGCUGCAGAGGCCGCUCGAGAGAUCGAUCUGUGAGUCGAGGCCGAUCGCGAGGUAGGUCCAGGGGACGCUCCAGGGGCAAGUCACGCAGCCGCUCCAGGGGCAGAUCUCGCGGCCGCUCUAGGGGCAGAUCUCGCGGUCGCUCCAGGGGUAGGUCCCGCGGUCGCUCCCGAGGUAGGUCCCGUGGCCAUUCUAGAGGAAGAUCCCGUGGCCAUUCUAGAGGAAGAUCCCGUGGCCAUUCUAGAGGAAGAUCCCGUGGCCACUCCAGAGGUAGGUCUGCAGGACCAUCGAAUAACAUGGAUCAUGGAUGUCACAAGGAAAAGUAUCACGAUUGCUGCAAGCAAACGCAGAAACGAAGAGCAAGAGAAGAAUCAAGGCAGCGAUGCAGACACCAUUCAAGGGGUCACUCCAGAGGACGAUCUAGGAGUCAUUCCAGAGACCACUGCAGUGGAAAAUGUAGAGGCCACUAGAGACAUGUCGUGGUCCUACGACAUAAUUAAUAGACAGUAUCUACAAAAACUAUAAAAAAGGAAAAAAACACAAAAAAAAUAUAAAAACACAAAAUGACAAAAAAAAGCUUAGGUUAGGGACAUGGGGUGCGUGCAGAGAACCUCCUCGUGUGCUCGGCGGCUGCAGGUCCCUCAUGGAUGUGUCCGGGGGGAAGGGCAGCUGGCGGGCCGGUGCACCCUGGGCACGGACAAUCAUCUCUCUCGAGGGGGAGAGAUUGUUGUUUGUGGCGAAUUUCUGCAUUGAAUAGCUUUGAUAAGGUGCCGAUAUAAUCAAGAUUGUUCCGAAAGUGCUGAUCUCAAGCAUGGAAAUAGUACUUUUACAAGGACACUAUGUACUUAGCAGGUAUCAUAUUUAAAGCAUUUAUGGAUUAACGGAGGGGGAGAGGG